CCAAUGUGGGUCCGCUUUUAAUCAAAUGGGGAAUCUCAAAGCCCAUCAACGUAUUCAUUCUGGAGAGAAGCCAUACAACUGUGACCAAUGUGGGUCCGCUUUUCGACAGUUGGACCAUCUAAAAUCCCAUCACCUUAUUCACACUGGAGAGAAGCUGUACAGCUGUGACCAGUGUGAGUCAGAUUUUAGGGAAUUGGGGAGUCUAAAAUCCCAUCAACGUAUUCACACUGGAGAGAAGCCGUACAACUGUGACCAAUGUGGGUCUGCUUUUAAUCAGAUGGGGAAUCUCAAAGUCCAUCAACGUAUUCAUUCUGGAGAGAAGCCAUACAACUGUGACCAAUGUGGCUCAGCUUUUACACAGUUGGAGCAUCUAAAAUCCCAUCAACGUAUUCACACUGGGGAGAAGCCAUACAGCUGUGACCAGUGUGGGUCAACUGGAGAGAAGCCGUACAGCUGUGACCAGUGUGGGUUAGUUUUUCGGCAGUUGGGGAGUCUAAAAUACCAUCAACGUAUUCACACUGGUGAGAAGCCGUUUUGGUGUGAACAGUGUGAGAAAACUUUUACUAGAUCAAGUGGACUAAAAAUCCAUGAAUGUAUUCACACAAGGGUGAACAUGUAAAUCUGUCAGUGUGUGUCUACACUACGUUAUCUACAAACCCACCACUGCAUGUUUUGAAGUUCUGAACAGGGCAUGUGCACAGAUGCAAAACUAUGUAAAAGUCAUAUUUUGUUUUGAAGGUCUUCAUGAUGAUUGUUGUGGUAAACUGUUAGGCAUAGAUUUGAGACUGCUUUUAACAGAUAUUUUAAGACUUGGUUUAUAUACAACUUAGACCGUUAGUCACAUUUGAUAAAUGUCUUGAAUCUGAUAUUUAAAACACUGCAUAACACUUUGUAUUAUUUACUGUUUUAGUAUGUUUGAAUACUGAAUGUUAUACGUUAUCAGCGAUUUUGGUGA